UUUAGUGAUGGCACAGUGAAGUGUAUAAUAAUCACAAUGAUUAGACUAUUUUACCUGUGCCUGUUAUUGUCUUCCAACUCUUUUGGAAAAGAGUACACAGACAACGAAACAGAAGAAGCAAACCAUGUGAUAUCGGCAAGACAAAGUCUUGAUGAAAAUACUAUUUUUGACGAAGAUGAAGGAUAUGUGUAUAAAAAACCAUCGAUUCCUUUCCCCCCACCUCCAGGUCCACCCCAGACACCAGCGCCGUUGCCUCCGAGGCCUUCUCCGGCACCAACUAGUAGAUUACCUCAGUUCACACAGCAAUCCGUAACAUCAGUAUCAGCACUACAGCCAGUCUAUACAACAAAACCACCGACGCCGUCAUACCAACCACCACCGCCUAAACCUCCGAUAGCCGAAUAUAAACCACCAACACAAAGUCCACUACCGUCCACUAGCUUGCAGCCAAGACCACCAUCAUCUGGAGGAUAUAAUUAUCCAGUUCCAUCGGUACCAUUUCUUCCAUCACCAAAACCAUUCUCACCAGCUCCUAGUCCACCAGUUCCGAGGAUACCUUCUCCCAGCGUACCUCUACCAAGUCAACCUGUAUAUCAGCCAUCGGAAUCUAGUCAACCACCGUACAGACCACCAAGUACCCCCGCUCCAACGUAUAGGCCAUCAGUACCAAGUACCACAGCUCCACCAUACAGGCCACCUGUAGUUUCUACGCCAGCACCAACAUAUAGACCACUACCGCCAAGUACACCAGCUCCCUCAUAUAAACCACCAGCACCAAGUACACCACCACCGUCUUACAGACCACCAGUUGCCAGUACGUCAGCACCACCAUAUAGGCCACCAGUAUCAAGUCCACCCGUACCCUCAUAUAAGCCACCAGCACCAAGUACGCCAUUCUCAGUUCUUCCACCAACUGCACCUACGCCCAGGCCUCCGGCACCACCGGUACCGAGUAUACCUCCGUCCAGGCCACCAACUUUUAGGCCUCAACAGCCUUCUUCGGGUGGGUACAAUUACCCAACACCAUCUAUUCCUUUUCCGCCACCAACCCCUAAACCGGCUCAACCCACAUCACCACCAUAUCGGCCACCCCCAUCAAGUCCACCAGCUCCACCAUACAGGCCACCAGCGGUAAGCACACCAGCACCAACAUAUAGACCACUACCGCCAAGCACGCCAGCCCCAUCAUACAGACCACCAGUGGUGAGUACACAGGCACCACCGUAUAGGCCACCGCCUUCAAGUACACCAGCUCCGUCAUACAGACCACCAGUGAUCAGUACACCAGCACCACCAUAUAGACCACAACCACCAAGUACGCCAGCCCCACCAUACAGACCACCGGUGGUGAGUACACCAGCACCACCGUAUAGACCACCGCCUUCAAGUACACCAGCACCACCAUAUAGACCACUGCCGCCAAGCACGCCAGCCCCACCAUACAGACCACCGGUGGUGAGUACACCGGCACCUCCGUAUAGACCACCGCCUUCAAGUACACCAGCUCCAUCAUACAGACCGCCAGUGAUCAGUACACCAGCACCACCGUAUAGACCACCAGCGCCAAGUUCACCACCGUUUAUUCCGGCUGUACCAAAUGUACCUACGUCUAGACCUCCGGCACCACCUAGCAUACCGAUAUCUAGGCCUCAACCACCUUCACCGAGUGGAUACAGUUAUCCAACACCUUCUAUUCCUUUUCCACCACCUUCUUCUAGCCCUGCAGUAACUAGACCACCUCAGCCUACAUCACCACCAUAUCGACCACCUUCACCAAGCCCUCCGUCUUACAGACCCCCGCCUCCACCUCUUCCAUCUGUACCGAAGCCUUCAAGGCCGAGUCCGUCUGUUUAUGUACCACCUAUACCAACGCCAAGUCCACCAGAUUACAGACCGCCAAGUACACCAGCUCCUAGGCCGCUUGUUCCAAGUCAACCAGUGUACAGACCACCACCACCAAGUUUUCCACCUCCAACUUAUAGACCAUUCGUACCUAGUAUAUCAACAACUAUACCACCAGCUCCUAAAGUAUCAACCCCUAGCCCGCCACCUUAUCGACCAAGUCCCCCUAAACCACUACCACCAUCUUCAGGCGGCUAUAAGUACCCAACUCCUUCCUUGCCAUUUCCACCAGCACCACCAGCGUAUAAACCAUCGCCUAGUCCUCCAGUAACAAAACCGCCAAUUCCAAGUACACCACCAUAUCGACCACCUGCUCCUACUUCACCACCAAGCCCACCCGUUUACAGACCAUCUCCACCAGCACCAAUUCCUCCCGUUUAUAAGCCGUCCAUACCCGGUCCAUCAGUGUACGUACCUUCAUCAUCACCACCACCACCACCACCACCACCACCAUUAAGACCUUCAUCACCAAGUCCACCAGUAUAUAAACCUUCACCUCCUCCAUCGCCGACCUAUAGACCUUCAACACCUCAACCGUCUGUAACACAGGGCUAUAACUAUCAAAAACCUUCAGUACCGUUCCAACCUAGUCCGCCAGUACAAAGGCCACCUCCACCUAAACCUCCCUCACCCCCACAGUUGCCUUCACCUGGUUACCAGUAUCCUAAACCAUCUGUUCCACCUUCAGUUUCUAUUCAACCGUUUCCUCCGAAACCACCAGUACAGCCUCAGACUCCAGUUCCACCAAUAUUCAAACCUCAGCCAACACCUUCAUAUCGUCCAUCACAACCUCAACCGCCUCAAAUUGUACCUCAACCAUCAUUUCCUCGUCCAGACAUUAGUUAUCCUGAAAGACCACGACAACCAUCCAUUCCUUCGCCUUCACCAACACGACCAACGGCACCACCUACACAACCUCCUAAGCAAAUAUCACCAAGUGUACCAUCUUUUCCAGUUCCCAAACAACCUGCUUAUCAACCACCUAUAUUACCUACAUUUAAACCACAGCCUUCUACAACACCUAAACUCUCUACACAAGGACCAGCAUAUUUACCACCAUACAGACCUUCACAACCUCAAUUACCAGCUUCAAGACCGUCAAUACCAACAGCACCACCACAGCCGUUGAUUCCGAGACCCUCAUUCCGAGUACCUGAACUUCAGCCAGUUCCUCAACGUCCUCAAGUCCAACCUUCAGUCCCAAGCCCAUCAUAUCCAGCUCCGCAACCAUCUUUCCCUGUGUACCAACCUUCAACUGUCAAACCAUCUUAUCCCACGCCUCAACCUUCUACCCCUCGCCCUUCAUUCCCUACGUUUCCAUCUUCAACUCCUAGACCAACAUACUCAGCACCCUCAUAUUCUACGUCUAGACCAACGCCACCACCAUUAAGACCAUCUAUACCACCACAACCACAAAAACCAACAUAUCUUCCACCACAACCUUCGCCACCAAGGCCUUCCAUUUCAAUACCCCAACCUCCUGCUCCUAGGCCAUCAUACCCUGCACCUCAACCUCCAGCUCCAAGACCGUCUUACCCAGCACCUCAACCUCCAGCUCCAAGACCGUCAUACCCUGCACCUCAGCCUCCAGCUCCAAGACCAUCAUAUCCUGCACCACAACCUCCUGCUCCAAGACCAACAUACCCUGCACCACAACCUCCUGCUCCAAGACCAUCAUAUCCUGCACCACAACCUCCUGCUCCAAGACCAACAUAUCCAGCACCUCAACCUCCAGCUCCAAGACCGUCAUACCCUGCACCUCAGCCUCCAGCUCCAAGACCGUCAUAUCCUGCACCUCAGCCUCCAGCUCCAAGACCAACUUACCCAGCCCCUCAACCUCCAGCUCCAAGACCGUAUUACCCAGCACCUCAACCUCCAGCUCCAAGACCGUCUUACCCUGCACCUCAACCUCCAGCUCCAAGACCGUCAUACCCUGCACCUCAGCCUCCAGCUCCAAGACCAUCAUAUCCUGCACCACAACCUCCUGCUCCAAAACCAACAUACCCUGCACCACAACCUCCUGCUCCAAGACCAUCAUAUCCUGCACCACAACCACCUGCUCCAAGACCAUCAUAUCCUGCACCACAACCACCUGCUCCAAGACCAUCAUACCCUGCACCUCAGCCACCUACUGUUCGUCCUUCGUUCACAACGCCUUCCCCGCCAAAACCAACUCUUGCUCCUAAUGAAAGUAUUUUUGAAGGAGUAGAAUAUCUUCCCCCCAUAGGAAAAUAAUCGAUAUUUUGUACAACUAGGUAUUUUUUUACAUAUAUUUCAUUAAUGCUACAAUUAAAUACCUUAAGGUAGCUUAUAAGCAUGUGAGAGUAAAACUCGUUACGUGAGUGAUAUGAAUGAAAAUAAUUUAUAAUUGCUGUACAAUGAAUAAAGGUUUAAAAAACA